AGGCAGAGUGUUGUUUGCCAACACUUCCAACCACGGGAGAGCCCGGAGCUGUGCCAUAACAUUCCCCUGCUGCUCCCCCUGCUCCAGGUGGGCAGCCCUGAUGUCAGCCAAGCUCUAUGUCCUCAUCAGCUGGCCCGACGGCAGCCGGGUGAUCAACAUGGAGAACAUCAAGGAGCCCCGCAAGCCCUUCCACCUCUACACGGUGGGUGAGCAGGUGCUGGCCCGCUGCCCCGGCUUCAGUGGGCUCUACUGGGGCAUGGUGGAAGGCAUAAGUGAGCACAAGGAUAUUUUAGAGAAGAAGCUGCUGGAAGACAGGCAGCUCCUGGAGAAGUUAAAAGCAGAACCGGCUGUCCACAGCAUGAUGCCAUCCCCACCAAAAAAAUCCAGGAAAACCUUCCCAAAAUGGACCCCGGGGAAUGCAUCCAGGAAAUACCACGGUGACAGGGCCUACCCUGCAAAGCCACUGCUGAGGGCAGGCGAGGACAGCCUGCCCCAUGACGCUGGCAGCUCCUCCAUCCUCAAGGAGAAACGUGUCCUGGGCGCUGCAGCAGGAAGCCCCUGCUCACUGGCAGGUCCUCCCCACCCAGCCAGCGCCUUCACUCCUCCAUCCACCUUCAUCACCAUGGCCAUGCCGGGGCCAGGGACUUCCCAGGGUGAAGAGGAGAGGGCUGGUCCAGCUACCAGAGAUUACGUUGCCUUGCCAAUGAAGAGGAAGUCAGAUGGCAUCUUGUCCCAGUGCCAGCAACACAUCUGUCUGAACAGCCGUGAAGAGCAAAAGAUUGACACUUUGCAAGAGAUGGAUGACUUCGAGAGGGUUCAAAAAAGUUUCAGUCCUGGUGAGAUGGAAAGGGUGGAGAAGAUAGAGCAGCUGGAGAGGAUGGUGUUUGACCUCCAACAGGAUGUCCUCUCUCUGAGGAAGAAGGUGCAGAGGCUGGAAUCCCUGUCCUUCCAGGAGGAGCCCCACCGGCAGCCGUGCGAGGUGGUGGAGCUCUUCAACGGCUACACCAAGGAACAGCUCAAAGAAACCAUCAGGUUUGACCAGAAAAUCAGCACAGCCUGCAAGACACUGCUCUACAAGCUCUUCACCUCUGACUACAUCCAGAGCCACUCCAUCACGGGGCGGAGGGGCAACACCUUCCGGGAGGCAAAGCCCAUGAUGGACGAACGCUGCAUCAAAAUCAUCAGGGUGCUGUUGAAGCAGAAGUUUGGAGAUCACCUCAGUGACACCGUGAUCACAGAGAAGAUACAAAAUGUGCAGAAAGCCCUGAGGCAGAAGUUUAAGACAGAAUGUCUCUGAGGCACGGGGGGUACUUGGUGGCUCCUCCUGCCAUUCUCAUGUGUGCACCUGAGCAGCCCUCCCGGGAAAAGAUGAGUCCAAUCUGCUGCUGUCCAGUUGAUUUCCCCCAAGGAGCCAAUCCAAGGGAACCAUGUGCUCAAACCUUUCACUGCCAAACCUCUGCCCAUGUUGAUUGAGUAGGAAUUCUGCCCAGCUUGGCCGAGUUUUUGCACGUCUGCCAGCACUCUACAGGUUCCUUCCUACCCAGUCUGUGUGUGAACCUCACUGCGGGUGCAUGUAAUUGUCUCUAUGACUUUUUGAUGACGUGCUCAGAAGCUGAGGUCCAGGUAUGGGUCAGUAAGUCAGCUGUGUUUAACCUUGCAAGGGGUUAGGGAGAAAUGUUGGCUCUGGGAUAGGGAGUCCAGCUGUGGAUGGAGUGUGUGUCACCUAACAGGGCUUCUCUCUGCAUGAUUCUGGUGUCCUCCUUCUGCCUGUGGGACAAUAUUUGUUCUCUUUGCUCUCAGUGAAUGUGUUUUACAAUUUCCUGCAGUAACUGAACAGCAGACUCAUAAACAGCACCAUAAAACUUUCAGAGAAAGAUAAUUUCAUUUUUUCCCCCUCUAUUUUAAUAUAGCUGUAUGGAAGAAUUGUCUUCACAUACAAAAACCUCCUGAAAAAUAGAAGUGGCCACCUGUGGAAAUUACUUUGCAUUAAUUUUCCUUUCAAGAGCAGAUUAUUUCCAUGGAGAAAUCCUGUGCAUUUUCAUGACACAAGAGUGAGGGAUGAAGGACAAAAUAUGGCCCACUGUAGUUACAUCUUUACUUCAAAGAUCAGACAUGCUAUGGACACAGUUACCAUAAUUUAAGUACAAUAUUUAUAUCCUAGUUAAGAAAUGCCAAGUACAACCAGAGAGUUUGCUGAGAGACUAUAGAGAAGGGCUAGAAAGACACAUCUUUUCCUAAAUAGUUCAGAGCUGGAGUUUGGGUGGCUUAAAAUUGUUUUUAACAUUAAAAGAAUAAGAUGCUGACACCAGUCCACUUAACAGAAGUGCUGCAAAAUGCCAAACAUUCUCUUUUACAAAGGCUUCUCGAACCAGAAAUUUGGUUUUCUAAGCUUAACUUUUAAAUUAUUCAGGAAAAGAAGUGUCAGUGGUUUUGCAUUAAUCAAAACAUUUGGUUUAAUUUAUAUGUUUUGUUGUGUUUUCAAGUAUUUAAUUUCUUCAGAG